CGCCGCGUUCACCUGUCACUUCCUGCUGCCGCUGCUCGUUUCAGUUCAACAUUCUUCUUAUUCUUUAAUCUUUUCCCCGUGUAUUGGAACCGGAUUGGAAGCAUGUUGGUGUUUUUAUGAAGAUUCCGGGUUAUUUGUGUUAUUUACGUGUUAUUCAUGUGUAUUUAUGUGUAUUUAAGUGUCCGUGUUCGGCUCAGAACUGAGAGACUGCAGGGCCUGAAGGACGAGACAGGCAUGGGUGAGCGGAGCCCCGCCCCCUGAAGCCCCGCCCCCGUCGUUAAAGCCCCUCCCCCCCAGCUAGCGACGCUAGCUAGCAUGUAUCGCAGGAACGGGCUCUCGGACUGCGCUAGCGUCGACUCGCUCGCAACCGAGGCUAGCAGCAGCUCGGACUCGCUGGACGGACUCGGCUACGGCUCUAAGAGCUACGAUGCUAACGCGGCUAAGAGCUACGACGCCGUCGUCUUCGACGUGCUCCGCGUGACGCCCGAGGAGUUCGCCAGCCAGAUCACGCUGAUAGACGCGCCGGUUUUCAGAGCGAUUCAUCCCGAGGAGCUAACGAGCUGCGGGUGGAACGGGAAGGAGAAGCACAGCCUCGCGCCCAACGUGGUGGCGUUUACACGGCGCUUCAACCAGGUGAGCUUCUGGCUGGUGAGGGAGAUCUUAACGGCCAAAACUCUGAAGAUCCGAGCUGCGAUUCUGAGCCACUUCGUCAAAAUAGCCAAGAAACUUCUGGAUCUGAACAAUCUGCACUCGCUGGUGUCGGUCGUGUCGGCGCUGCAGAGCGCUCCGAUCUUCAGGCUCACCAAGACCUGGGGGCUCAUCAGCCGGAGGGACAAGGCUACGUUUGAGAAGCUCGACUUCCUGACGUCCAAGGAGGAAAACUACAUCCGCAUGCGGGAAUACAUCGGCUCGGUGAAGAUGGAGCCCUGCAUCCCCUACCUCGGGAUCUUCCUGCUGGACCUGAUCUACAUCGACUCGGCCAACCCGUCCUCCGGAAGCAUCUUAGAGACGGAGCAACGAACCAACCAGAUGAACAACCUGCUGCGUCUGGUAUCGGACCUGCAGACGUCCUGCAGCUACGAUCACCUGGCGACUCUUCCUCACGUCCAGAAGUAUCUGAUGUCCGUCCGCUACAUCGAGGAGCUGCAGAAGUUCGUGGAGGACGACAAUUUCAAGUUGUCUCUGAAGAUCGAACCAGGAAACAGCUCCCCUCGCAUCGCUUCCUCUAAGGAGGACCUGGCGGACGUGUCGUCGGUUUCCUCCUCCAGCAGGUGGAGCCGCCGCCCGACCGACGCCUCGCUGCAGGUUCCCACGCCCACUUCCUGUUCCGACUUCCCGCCCUCGAACCACCGCAAGAGCCACAGCCUGGGCAACAACGUGAUGUGCGAGGCUAGCAUGGCGGCUAGCCGCAGCGCUACCUUCCCCACCCAGAAGUGCCGCCACCUGCUGGACGACAGUUUCCUGGAAGGAAGUCCCGCCAGGAACAACGAGCCGCAGAGCAGCUACGCGGCUAACGGCCUGUCGCUCAGCAGCAGCCAGAGCUCCUUCGGGGAAGAGACGUCCUACGGAAUAAAGAGGAGCCGCAUGUACGCUACGCUAGGCCCUAACUGGAAGGUUCCCCUACGUAGCUCCCCGCGCAGCCGCAGCUACGUCUACAGCUCCUCGGCGGCUAACGCCCGCUACGGCUACGCCGAGCCCAACAGCGUCACCAUCGAGGGGCCGCUACGCAGGAAAACGCUGCUGAAGGAGGGACGCAAGCCCAAGCUGUCGUCGUGGAGCCGGUUCUGGAUCUGCCUGUGCGGCUCGACGCUCGUCUUCUACGGAGCCAAAGCCCUGCGGGCGUCGGAGAGGAAGCACUACAAGUCCCGUCCCUGUAAGAAGGUUAGCGUGACCGGCUGGAUGGUUCUGCUGCCCGACGACCCGGCCCGACCCGACGUGUUCCAGCUCAGCGACCCGGACCGAGGAAAUGUUUACAAGUUCCAGACCGGUUCCAGGUUUUCUGCGAUUAUCUGGCACCGGAACCUGGAGGAGGCGAGUCGGAGCAGCAAACCCACGAUGCCGGCGAACCUGAUGUCGUUUGAAUGAGGACCAGCCGGGACUCGAACCCUCGACUUCGUCGGACGUUUACAGAGUUUUUUCUACCGAACCAGAAAAACUCCCGCCGCCAAAGUUCCCGCUCUAACGUCUGUAAAUAGUGUUUUUAUUUGUAAAAAGAGUUUAUUUUUUAGCCGAGCGGCCGUUGAAGGGAAAACCGGACCGACCGGAUCAACCGGAAUAAUCCGGAAUAAUCGGAAUAAUCCGGAAUAAUCGGAAUAAUCCGGAAUAAUCCGGAAUAAUAUGUUAAUAAUCCACUGAUGUUGUUGUUUCUGAUACUUCUGUGAUCCUCGUAGGUGUCAUUUAUAGUUAUAAAUAUAUAAAUGUAUAAAUAUAUAUGUAUAUAUAUAUAUAUAUAUUUAUAUUUAUAUAUUUAUAUAUAUAUAUAUAUAUAUAUAUAUAUAUAUAUAUAUAUAUGUAUAUGUAUAAUUAUUACAUAUAUAUGUACAUACAUGUGUGUAUAUAUAUUUUUUGGUGUAUAUAUGUAGAAUUCCUUGGUGUAACAUGAACCCCUUGGACGUCUUUGGCUCCUCCCCCUUGUCUUUGGCUCCUCCCCUCGUCUUUGGCUCCUCCCCCUCGUCUUUGGCUCCUCCCCCUCCAACAGUCAUGUGACCACUUUGAACUAUUUAUCUUUGUUUCCCGACAUGAAAUGAAGCAAUAAUACCAGUAUUGAUCAUGUAUUAUAAUAAUCAAUACCAGUAUUGAUCAUGUAAUAUAACUAAUCAAUACCAGUAUUGAUCAUGUAACUAAUCAAUACCAGUAUUGAUCAUGUAUUAUAACUAAUCAAUACCAGUAUUGAUCAUGUAAUAUAACUAAUCAAUACCAGUAUUGAUCAUGUAAUAUAACUAAUCAAUACCAGUAUUGAUCAUGUAUUAUAACUAAUCAAUACCAGUAUUGAUCAUGUAAUGUAACUAAUCAAUACCAGUAUUGAUCAUGUAAUAUAACUAAUCAAUACCAGUAUUGAUCAUGUAUUAUAACUAAUCAAUACCAGUAUUGAUCAUGUAAUGUAACUAAUCAAUACCAGUAUUGAUCAUGUAAUAUAACUAAUCAAUACCAGUAUUGAUCAUAUAAUAUAACUAAUCAAUACCAGUAUUGAUCAUGUAAUGUAACUAAUCAAUACCAGUAUUGAUCAUGUAUUAUAACUAAUCAAUACCAGUAUUGAUCAUGUACAGCUCCGUGUAAAAUGUACCAAUAAAAAUCUGAUUCAA